UGAUCCCAGGCCUGCUCUCUACAUGCAAGCGGACGUGCGUCGCAUUGACUAGACGCUGCUGCUGCUGCUGCUGUGUGAGAUCCAGGGGAUACUGUCGCUCCCACUUUCUGCGAGCCUCCCUUCUCUGCUCUGAUUCUACAAACAUGUUUGCUUUUGCAGGCUAUAUAUAACUCGUAUUUUAGCUGCCGUCGAUGAGGCUGUGGAUGCGUAAUUGCGCCAUGCUGCCGCACAACACUGUCUGCUGUUUUAUUCCUCAAGACGAACGGGAGACCUCCGCCAUGCAGGGUGGAAAUUGAGAUGUGUUUUCUGAGCCGCUUGUCUGCUGCACGGAUGCGUUCCGAGAUGGUGUAUGAAGCUAAAGCGUGCUGGCUGGAUUCAGCAGAGACUGGAACAUCAGACAGGGAUGCUUUUUGUACCGGACACUUGUGAGAUGAAGGACAAGAAGAAAAAAAAGAAAUAUUAGAUGCUUUUUCUUUGUUUUGUGGUGGGGAUCACAGCACAUCGGGAUGGAUGUUGAACGGAUGAGUGGAAUUUAUUCCUGAGUGGGGUUUUUCUGUUCAAGGGGUGGCGGACCGUGUUGAUUUUUCCCUUCAGCUUUGGCAGGAUACUACCGCUCGUCGAUGAAUUGAUGUGGGAAUACGCGCUACCUCGGCUGCAUAGAUGGCAAACACAAGUGAGUUUGGGGAGGGCAGCCCGUCCUUUCAGAACUACGCGUCCGCGGCCUCUGCGGUCAAGCUGGCCUCCCUGGGUCUGAUCAUGGGCAUCAGCCUGCUGGGUAACGCGGUGCUGUCUCUGCUGCUGCUGAAGGACAGCUCGCUGCACAAGGCUCCGUACUAUUUCCUUCUGGACCUGUGCCUGGCGGACGUGGUGCGCUCCGCCGUCUGUUUCCCCUUCGUGAUGGCAUCGAUCAGCGGCGGCUCCGCCUGGCCGUACAGCGCGCUCAGCUGCAAGAUCGUCGCCUUCAUGUCGGUGCUCUUCUGCUUCCACGUCGCCUUCCUGCUCUUCUGCGUCAGCGUCACCCGCUACAUGGCGAUCGCCCACCACCGCUUCUACUACAAGCGGAUGAAUUUGUGUACGUGCGUGGCGGUGAUCUGCAUGGUGUGGACCCUUUCCGUGGCCAUGGCGUUCCCUCCGGUGUUCGACGUGGGCACCUACAAAUUCAUCCGUGAGGAGGAGCAGUGCAUCUUCGAGCACCGCUACGUGAAGGCGAACGACACCCUGGGCUUCAUGCUGAUGCUGGCCGUCAUCGUGGGGACGACACAUGUGAUUUAUAUAAAGAUGCUGUGCUUCGUGUACGAUCACCGCAAGAUGAAGCCGGCUCAGCUGGUUCCCGCGAUCAGCCAGAACUGGACCUUCCACGGCCCCGGAGCCACCGGGCAGGCCGCCGCCAACUGGAUCGCCGGCUUCGGCCGCGGACCCACUCCGCCGACGCUGGUGGGGAUCCGGCAAGCCUCGCACCCCGGGAACCGGAGGCUGCUGGUGCUGGAUGAGUUUAAGAUGGAGAAACGCAUCGGGAAGAUGUACUACAUGAUCACACUGACCUUCCUCAUCCUGUGGGCGCCGUAUAUAAGCGCCUGCUACGUGAGAAUAUUUGUGCGCGGAGCCCCGGUGCCGCAGCUCUACCUGAGCGCUGCGGUGUGGAUGAGCUUCGCCCAGGCGGGAGCGAACCCCAUCAUCAGCUUCCUGUUCAACAAGGAGCUCCGGGUGCGCCUCCGAGCCUGUUUCCCCUGCUGCCUGGGGACUCAGACACCCAUGGAGCCAUACUGUGUCAUCUGAGGGACCCCAUAAAUACUGCCAAAGACACAUUACAUCUUGUUUCAGAAUGUACGCAGACUGCUCCUCAAAAUGUGUUUGUACACACACAUACAGAGGUGUUGAUUAGGGUGGACCCACUUCACCUCAGUUUAUCCACAUUUUAAAGAUUUUUUCCCAGUAUUUUAAUCCGAGAAAAACUUGAAUAUGAUGUAAAGUCUUGCUAUAUUUUGCUCACGGUAUCAGAGUGAUUAAAUCUAUGAGGCAUAUUUAAGGACUUAAUCUAAAUGUGAGCUCUAAUUAAAACUAAUCACCUUUACUACCUUUUAUUUGACCCCUCUGCAUGCUCAUAGGUGACAUUCACUCCAAAUAUAGGGUAUAGCCCCUAUGACAGUAAUGCAUCAUGUUAUGUCCUACCAUUUUGUUACGCCCUAUAUUCAGUAUAUCAACCUCUUUGGUCCACCACAAUGAAUGUCACUUUGGCUAUUUGUUUGUAUACUUUGAAAUUAUUUCCCAGCACCCAUCAGAGGUUGUUUGCCUUCUGCAGAACGAUGACUGAAACACAACAGAACUAUUUUAUCAGCUGAUUAAAGAGUCAGUCUCCCUGUGACACGCCUGGUUUCUAGUCGUUUGGAUACCACAAAUGAGAUAGACGUCUCAGUAUAUUUUUAAUGAGGACAGUGUCACAGUUGUAAAUACUGUAAAGCCCCCUUUUCCCUCGUUCCUUCUGCUUUUUUAACCAGAUAUGUUGUAUAUUUCAUAAUCCAUUGGGAUUUUUUGUGUUGAAAAGGUAUUAAAACUCACUUUAAAGGUAUUUUGCAAAUUCUUGUUCUUCUUCAUGGGUCAGUUGUGUUGAGAAACGGGUUCAUUCCCUUCUGGAUAUCAUUCUUUUUCUACAGAUAUGGACAUGAAAAUGUUAACACUUUGGUGCUUUGGAAAAGAUGUUUGCAUUGUUUGUAUUUCUUAGCAAAUAAAUAAGAAAUGG